AUGUCGUCCUCCAACUCUGACCCCAAGGCCGAAGUCGACCCUUCCAACCUGGAAGCUGGCAUCGAGCAUCAAGAUACUUUAAACCAAGAGCCAAUUCAGAACCGACACUCACUGCGGUCCGUUCAGUCUGUCGACUAUGGUCGCUUUGGUCCUCUUGCGCGUGUCAGGACUUCGGGGACUCUCUACCCUCCCUUCGCUGGAGAGUUUCAACCCGGUUCCUUCCGUCCUGGUCCUGUUGAGCAGCGCAAGAUCGGUAACCCUGCUCCAUUGGGUUUAUGUGGCUUCGCCCUGACGACAUUCGUUCUGGGUUGUAUCAACAUGAAGGCUCGCGGUAUCACGGAGCCUUAUAUGGUGGUUGGCCCAGCGUUUGCCUAUGGUGGUCUUGUGCAGGUGCUCUCCGGAAUGUGGGAGAUGGCCGUUGGAAAUACGUUUGGUGCGACCGCUUUGACCUCGUACGGCGGAUUCUGGAUCUCUUUGGCAAUAACUUUCACCCCGGGUGGGUUCGAGAUCGCAUCAGAGCUUACCAAGGCUGACAAUGGGUCCAUGGGGAUGUUUUAUGAUUCACUCGGUCUUUUUCUCAUGGGAUGGUUCAUUUUCACCUUCCUAAUGCUUCUGUGCACCGUGAAGUCAACUGUGGUCUUCUUUUCGCUCUUCCUUUCAGUAGAUAUCGCCUUUCUCCUCCUAGCAUUAGGAUACUUGAUUCGUGACAGCGUGGGAGACCCGAGUCAGAAGAUUCUCACGGCCGGUGGCUUCUUCUCUCUUCUUGCCGCGUUCCUCGCCUGGUGGGCUGCUUUUGCCGGUGUCGCGGACACUAGCAACAGCUUCUUCAUCGUCCCUGUCUGGCACUUCCCGUGGUCUGAGAAAGGCAAGAAGUCACGCCGCAGUAAGGAGUAA